CACCUUGAUUUCAUUUUAGUCUAGAAACUAUGCUUUAUUUCUAAGUGGUCUAUUAACUUUCAGAUUCAUUUCAAUUUUGUUUACUUGGUCAAAGAUAACGGAAAACUUCCUAUUCUGUUAGAGAACAGUUAGUCCUCUGACUAUAUUUUUUUUGAUUUUUUAGUCCUUAAAUUUAUAUUUGUUAUAAAAAUAGCUUUUUUACUUAAAAUUAUUAUUUAUAGGCUCCGAUACCAAAUUUUUAUACAGGUUUUCCUAUUUCUUUAAUUUGGUAUUAGGGCCUGAAAGCCAUCAAGAGAUUAUAAUAUUGUUUAAUUGUGAUUGGUAUGACACGAACCGAGGAAUACGUGUCAAUGUUGAACACGGAAUUGUUGAUGUCAAUCCAAGCCACGGAUAGAACUACCCGAGGAUGGUUGGCAGCAUGUAAAAUCAAAUCUAGACAUCUAAUUGAGACCUCACCUACCUCAUCUUCAGGAGAGGUUGAUGAUAUUUUUGAAGAUGAUGACCCCUCCAUAAUGCAAGGCUCUUCAUUAGCUAUAGAUUUAACUGCAUACCAAUCACUUCAACUAUGUGCAGAAGGUGUUACAGAAGUUGAGGUUGAUACUAUUACAUCUAAAGAAGAGGAGGACUAUGGAGAAGAAAAAGAUUCAGAAUCCUCAGGAAAUAGUGAUAAUGUUGCGGAUGGAUGUCUGGAAAUCCUACAGGUUCAGCAAGGAGGAGAUCUUCCUCCUCAGGAUCACAAGAGCAACACAAUUUUCAUCACCCACAGCUGUUUACUGAUACCGCGUGUUUCUGCUUCUGCUUAUCUUCUCCCUCCCGACAAGCCCCCCAAGCCACCGACUUUCUUCCCCCUUGAAAAACCCGGUGAGAUCUUAAUGAAUUUCUCUUCCUUUCUUGUUAAAUCACAAGAUUUGGGGCUUAGAAUCUUCUCCCUCAACCCAGAAAAUCCCGAAUCUGCUCUGCUCUUCUCCCUUGUCCGCCGGCUGUUAUGUGGGUUUGAAUUUUUGGGCAUUUUUUGGUUUCCGUGAGUUUCCCCUGCAGAUGCCACCGGCUUCUUCUCCCUGCCAAGUCCGAUUCU